AUGGAGGAACCAAAUGGAAGACAAAUUCCAAGCGGCGGCGGCGACGGUGAAAGCGGAGGUUGUUCUGGUAACGGCGGUCGUGGCGGCCGCGGUGGUCGGGGCGGCGGUGCUGGUUUAGACGGCGACCCGGUGAAAGUGGCAGUUCUGUCGGUGGCGGUUGUGGUGGUCGUGGCGGCAGUGGCGGGUCGAGGUGGUCGAGGCGGCGGCGAUGGUUUAGACGGCGAGCCCGGCGGAAGUGGAAGUAUUUUCGACGGCGGCCAUGGUGGUCGUGGCAGCAGUGGUGGCCGUGAUGGUCGAGGCGGCGGUAAUGGUUUAGACGGCGAGCCCGGUGGAAGUGGAAGUGAUUUCGGUGGUGGCAGUGGCGGCCGUGGUGGUGGCGGCCGUGGUGGUGGCGGCCGUGGUGGUGGCGGCCGUGGUGGUGGCGGCCGUAGUGGGGACGGCGGCAGUGGCGGCGGUGGCGGCGGCGGUGGCGGCGGUGGAACAAAGUAA